AUGGACCCGUUCACCGUCAUCAGUCUCGAAAACGUUUUGCAAUACACUUCACUGGAAACCAGGUAGGAUUUUGCGCUCCAGAACGCUGAGUGCUUGAGCCCUUGUAUUCUUUAGUUUUAUGAUACUUUUCACAAAAAAAACUCAAUUUUCUCGGAGAUUUUCCCCCAAUUUCGUCUCAAUUUCAGAAGAGCCAUCGCAAAAAACGUGCCGGCGAUCCGAUGGAUCAACAAAAAGUUGCCCUACCGCUUCGGCACUGUCGUACUGCACCGAUGCGUCCCGAACGGACACUACCGCAUCACUUUCGACACGUGCAAAUGGGAAUUCGACGAUUUCGACAAGCGGAAACAGUUUGCGAGGUUUCCGGAAGACUUUAAAGUCCGCGUUUUCUUUGCUCCGACCGUCUCGGUGAUCGAAUUCACCGAUCCGCUGCUCGCUCAUUUGUUGCAGAGGAGGCGCACGUUUGUGCGGGAGCUCAUUUUGAAGGUGAGUGCUUUUUCCGGGAUUGAAACUUUUUGUACAUGAUCUUGGUACCUAGUACUGUAUUUUUGUAGUUGAACACUUUGAAGAGUACUGUAGCUCUUGGAAGUUACGGCCACUUUUGUGCACUGCAUUUGUGUCCUAACUUCCAAGAGCUACAGUACCCUUCAGAGUGGCCCUAGAAAAAGACGGUCAACUACACAAAUGUCGUACUAGGUAUGAAAUUUCAAACGAACACGUUUUUGAGUCAAUGACACAUCUCCAAAUCCCACAAUAUCCGUUCGAAACGAACCGCUUUGCAGGACGUGCUCUGCUUCAACGCAUCGAUAAUUCCGGACAACAUUGGCAGCGUCAAAAUCUCCUAUUCCUCCGAUGUCGCCAGUGAUGCGCUCUACAAAACGCUCAACAAGAUGACGCACAGUAAAAUCGGAUGUCUCGAUUUGAAUGUAAAUCGGUGCACCGACGAGCUGAUUGUCGAGUUGGAAGUGAGUUCUUCGGUUUUCGGGGCGGAUUUCCAACAAAUGUGUUGCAGAAACUUGAAACGGAUCACUUGAAAAUAGUGACGAGAUGGUCGAAAGACGAUUUCUGGUGCCGCCUGCCGCCAUUCCGUCUGCUCGAGGCCGAAGAGAAGCACGCAAACAGCGGAAAAGUGUUGAGCGUCACUCGAAAGUUUCUGAGCGGUGACCAUUCGGUCGGCUCCUCCUAUCUCGGUUUCAUGGAGUUGGACAACACGGCGAUUCGACACUUUCUCGACGAGAUCCGCAACAACGAUCUCCGCUUCGACUGCUAUUUCGAGCGGUAAGUGCGCGUGCGCGCUGUCUAGCGCAAAGUUUAACACGUUUGCAACACUUUCAGACACCCGCACAAAAGAUUGUUGCCGCCGUCGACGAUCUACUGCCGCGGAAUCUUGUACCGACCGAUUGCGAACACGCGCAACGUCGUCGUCGUCAAAUAUUUGAGUGCGGAGCGGCCGCCGAACUUGUACGCGUUCAAAGUCGCCGUCAUCGACGACUGCUGCCUGAAUAUAGAGUCCGAGGAGGACAAGUACGCCAAGUACCUCCACGGCAUCCUCUUCUCCAUCCUCUUCAUCUUCUGUCUCUCCCUUCUCCUCUCUGCUUCUUUCUGCAUGUUCACCCUUGUUUUGCUCCCGGCUCUCCUCCUCCUCUUGCCCAUCUUCAUUCCGAUCAUUUUUCUUCUGUUGGCUCUCAGAAUUUUCGUGUUUUUCGCCAACUUGUUCAAGUCGCUUUUUUCCGGAUUUCUCUAA